UCGAAAAAUGUCAGUCUAGGUUUUUCCAUUCAUUCGUCUAAAACGUCAACAUCUCGAAAAAUAGCGUGUUAUUUUUUAAUAAGUUACAUUAGUUCGAGUUAAAUCUUCUCUUCCAUUUAUAAAUAUGUCUGGUCGUGAAGGUGGUAAGAAAAAGCCGCUGAAGGCUCCCAAAAAGGAAAGUAAGGACCUAGAUGAAGACGAUCUAGCUCAUAAGCAAAAACUAAAGGAACAACAGAAGGCUUUACAGGAGGCGAAGGCAAAGGCCUCACAAAAAGGCCCAUUGGUAACUGGAGGCAUCAAGAAAUCGGGAAAGAAGUGAAAAUGUAACAUUAUAAUUAAUUUAUAGGCUAAUGUAAGAAUUAUUAAAAGAUCUUUGUUGUUUUUAUUUCAAGGAUAUAACAGCAUUAUUCUUGAAUAUACUAUAAUGUAAUAUUGGGUUCAUGUAUGUAAUCAAUAAACACCACUGCCAUAAUUUGGCUCAAUGUAAACUUCUGCUAAACAUACCAAACUUGUAACAUGCAUUUUGUAUUAAUAAAAUAAAACAUUUUUUAUAACUAU